UACACAGCUGGCUCGCCCCUAGUAUGGCCAAUGAAGAGGAUGACCCAGUUGUACAGGAGAUCGACGUGUACUUGGCCAAAAGUCUUGCAGAGAAGCUCUACCUGUUCCAGUACCCCGUGCGCCCAGCCUCGAUGCCCUACAAUGACAUUCCCCACCUCUCAGCCAAGAUCAAGCCUAAGCAACAGAAGGUAGAGCUUGAGAUGGCCAUCGACACCCUGAAUCCCAACUAUUGCCGCAGCAAAGGGGAGCAGAUAGCGCUGAAUGUGGAUGGCACCUGCACUGACGAGAGCAGCACCUAUUCCUCGAAGCUGAUGGACAAGCAGACAUUUUGCUCAUCCCAGACCACCAGUAACACAGCCCGCUAUGCGGCUGCACUCUACAGGAAAGGUGAGCUCCACCUGACACCUUUACAUGGCAUCCUGCAGUUACGACCCAGCUUCUCGUACCUGGACAAAGCUGACGCCAAACACCGAGAGAGGGAGGCAGCCAAUGAGGCUGGAGACUCUUCACAGGAUGAGGCUGAAGAAGAUGUUAAGCAGAUUACGGUGCGGUUCUCCCGGCCUGAGUCAGAGCAGGCCCGCCAGCGCCGAGUUCAGUCCUACGAGUUCCUCCAGAAGAAGCAUGCUGAGGAGCCCUGGGUGCACCUGCACUAUUAUGGCCUCAGGGAUAGCCGUUCUGAGUACGAGCGCCAGUACCUGCUGUGCCAGGGCUCCGGCGGGGUUGAGAACACGGAGCUCAUCAAGUCACCCAGUGAGUACCUCAUGAUGCUGAUGCCACCCAGCCAGGAGGAGAAGAAAGACGAGCCUGUGGCCCCCAGCAAUGUCCUGUCCAUGACCCAGCUUCGCACCCUGCCCCUGGCCGAUCAGAUCAAGAUCCUGAUGAAGAAUGUGAAGGUCAUGCCUUUUGCCAACUUGAUGAGCCUACUAGGCCCCUCUGUCGAUCCUGUGGCUGUUCUGCGUGGCAUCCAGAAGGUGGCGAUGUUAGUCCAAGGAAACUGGGUGGUGAAGAGUGACAUCCUGUAUCCCAGAGACUCGUCCAGCCCUCACAGUGGUGUGCCUGCUGAGGUGCUCUGCCGGGGCCGAGACUUUGUGAUGUGGAAGUUCACGCAGAGUCGUUGGGUGGUGAGGAAAGAGGUGGCAGUAGUGACCAAACUUUGUGCAGAGGAUGUGAAGGACUUUCUGGAGCACAUGGCUGUGGUGAGGAUCAAUAAAGGCUGGGAGUUCAUCCUGCCAUACGAUGGCGAGUUCAUCAAGAAGCAUCCGGAUGUGGUUCAGCGGCAGCACAUGUUGUGGACGGGCAUCCAGGCCAAAUUAGAAAAAGUCUAUAAUCUUGUCAAGGAAACCAUGCCAAAGAAGCUGGAUGGAAAAUCAGUGCCUACAGGGCUGGUCUCUGGGGAUCAGCGGGUCCAGGCCGCCAGAACCCAGGUGCAACAGAACUAUGCGCUGCUGACCCGCGAGCUACAGCGCAGGAAGGAGCAGCUGCAGGACCUCGCCCUCCUGCCUGCCGUGCACGUCAAGCAAGAGCCCAUGAGUGACGAGGAUGAGGACAAUGAGCCUGAGGAGGAGCCUAUGGACACCACACCCAGCAGUGGCCCCAACAGCAGUAUGGCCAAUGGGCUGCCUGCUGGGCGGGCAGCGGGAGGCGACAGCUUCAACGGGCACCCGUCCCCAGGCGGUGGCCACAGCCCUGUAGCCCGGGAACUGAGGGCCUUUGUGGAGGCCACCUUCCAGAAACAGUUUGUGCUCACACUGAGCGAACUCAAGCGCCUCUUUAACAUGCACUUGGCCAGCCUGCCGCCUGGCCACACACUCUUCAGUGGCAUCUCAGACCGCAUGCUGCAGGACACGGUGCUGGCCGCCGGCUGCAAACAGAUACUGGUGCCUUUUCCCCCCCAGACUGCUGCUUCCCCCGAUGAACAGAAGGUGUUUGCCCUCUGGGAGUCUGGAGAGAGGAGCGAUCAGCACCGACAGGUUUUACUUGAAAUAUUUUCCAAAAACUACCGGGUCCGCCGGAACAUGAUCCAGUCUCGGUUGACUCAAGAGUGUGGAGAAGAUCUAAGUAAACAGGAAGUGGAUAAAGUGCUAAAGGACUGCUGUGUAAGCUAUGGUGGCAUGUGGUACCUUAAAGGGACAGUACAGUCUUGACCAUAAUAGUAAACCACCAGCCCCAAUGAAUCGGAGCCCAAGGAAGGACCACAGAGCCAGCAGAGGGAGAAGUGGAGUCUCGACUCUGGCUUCCAGAAGAAACACUGGGUGAGAGGGACUGACAUGACGCCGCCUGGGCACUGCACUGUCUGACUGACGGGGUGGUCUGUCCUUCUCAGCGGACUGCAGGGUCUGUGUAAGGUACUCACUCCCAGAAGAGAACCAGCCGGGACCUUCUUUGCAGUACAGUUUGAAAUUCCUGAUGUAUUUUGCUUUUUAUUUGGUUCAUUCUCACAAUAAAGAGAGUGUAUAAUGACACCGGCAGGAUG